GUUGGAAUUAAGCUUUUUGAUAUUUCAUGAUAUUUGGUGACUGUGGUUUUCUUUUCCUGUUAUCAGUUUUUUGGCCUCAAAAGCUAGUCAUUUUCAUUUGUCUGGUAAGGCCUUCAGUGUCCUUUCAAUUUGGGUGUGCAUUGACAAAAUGAGUCUUAACGAAUACUGUAUUUAUUUACUCUGGGUGAUUUUAAGAGAAUGAAGAGGUUUGGCAACCCAAGCAAGGAAAGAAUGUUAUUACAACUUAUUUGAAGAAAAUGAAAAGUGUUAUAGUUUGUUGUAGAAUUAUAUGCUUCGCGUGUUCAUUUAUUUAAGAAAUAUAAGCUCUUUUUAUUUACAACUUGACCCAGUUUAUCAUCAUUGAAACAGGUGUGUUCUUCUUGGGGUGAGCUGUGGUGGAAAUAUGGCAGACUAUGUUGCACGGAAAGCCGUUGAGUUGGGCAGUAUUUUGGACCCUGUCAAGGUGGUGGCACAAGUUUUGAUGUAUCCAUUUUUCAUUGGAAGUGUUCCAACACACUCUGAGAUAAAACUGGCAAAUUCCUACUUCUAUGACAAGGCUAUGUGCAUACUUGCAUGGAAACUUUUUUUACCUGAGGAGGAGUUCAGCCUGGACCACCCUGCCGCCAACCCACUUGUCCCUGAUAGGGGGCCACCUUUAAAGCUCAUGCCUCCAACACUCACCGUUGUGGCAGAGCAUGAUUGGAUGAGAGACCGGGCAAUUGCUUAUUCAGAGGAGCUCCGGAAGGUAAAUGUUGAUGCACCAGUUUACGAGUAUAAGGAUGCAGUUCAUGAAUUUGCAACUCUUGAUAUGCUCCUUAAGACCCCUCAGGCCCAGGCCUGUGCGGAGGACGUUUCCAUCUGGGUAAAGAAGUAUAUCUCACUUCGAGGUCAUGAGUUCUCUUAUUAAGUAAGCUAUGCAAGUUCAGAAACAGUUUCAGAAGGAUCACAAUAUACCAGUGUUUGUGAUUUACUUUUGGAUGACCGUGGGAGCAUCUAAUUGCUAUCUUUACAUGGGAGUGGGGAUUCGUAACACGAGGAAUCAGUUUUCUAUCUCCUUUAGCUUCAAGGAGGUUCCACGGUUUUCUUGUUUAAUCCUUUAGCCAUUCUGUUAUUUUUGUAAGAUAGAUAACUUGCCUCUCAGUAGGAUUUAGUUUAGUUGUGAGAUCUUCCUCUCUGAGUUACGCAUGCCACGUCGAGAUGGCCUUUUUAACAUUGUUUCGCUGUGUAUUGAGAUGUAAAAUUUAUAAUUAAAAGAAUCCAG